AACGCGCAUGCGUAGAACACGUACUCCGAUCUGCGGGCUUCGUUUGGCUGUGUCGGGAGGUUUAGACCACCGUAGCUGCCAGGGGGGAGCGAGUAGCUAAGCGGCGGAGACGACGGGGCACCUCAGCGCCGCCUCGAAAUGGGGCAACAGUUCCAGUAUGAUGACAGUGGCAACACGUUCUUCUAUUUUCUUACGUCCUUCGUCGGGCUUAUUGUUAUCCCAGCCACCUAUUACCUCUGGCCCCGGGAUCAAAAUGCGGAGCAACUGCGUUUGAAGUCCCUGAGGAGGGUGCAUGGAAGGUGCCUCUGGUAUCGCUUGCGAUUGAUAAAAUCGCAACAGAGCAUCAUUCCCCUAUUAAAAAAAGCUGCCUUGCUCUUUGGAUGGGCAGUGUUUCUCUUCCUUGCCUACAAGGUUUCAAAACUAGACAGGGAAUACCAAGAAUACAAUCCAUACGAGGUUCUCAAUCUCGAUCCGGGUGUGUCCAUUGCAGAGAUCAAGAAGCAGUACCGUCUGCUGUCUCUGAAGUACCACCCCGACAAACGAGGAGAUGAGGCCACAUUCAUGAAGAUUUCCAAGGCCUACUUGGCAUUAACUGAUGAGGAAUCUCGCCGAAAUUGGGAGAAUCAUGGCAACCCAGAUGGCCCAAGAGCCACGAGCUUUGGCAUCGCGCUGCCCGCUUGGAUCGUGGACCAGAAGAACUCCAUGCUGGUGUUGCUUGUCUACGGCUUGGCCUUCAUGGUCAUCCUACCUGUUGUGGUGGGAACUUGGUGGUAUCGAUCCAUACGGUACAGCGGCGAUCAGAUCCUCAUCAACACCACUCAGCUCUUCAUGCAUUUUAUGUACAAAACUCCCAAUAUGAACAUGAAGAGACUGACGAUGGUGUUGACUGCUGCUUUUGAGUUCGACCCACGCAGCAACAAGGAGGCCACGAUCAGACCCACGGACAACAUAGAAGUGCCACAGCUGAUCCGUGAGCUGGGCAACAUCAACGUGAAGAAGAAGGAGCCGCCGUUCUGCUACCCGUACAGCCUGAAGGCCCGAGUGCUGCUGCUGUCUCACCUCGCCCGUAUGGAGGUUUCCGAGGACAUCGAGGAAGAUCGACAAUUUGUGGUGAGAAAAAGCCCAGCGCUGCUCCAGGAGAUGGUGAACGUGGGCUGUCAACUCACAAUGAUGGCUAACAGCCGCGGAGGGUUCCACGCUCCCCGGCUGAUAUCCAUAGAGAACUGCAUGAAGCUGAGCCAAAUGGUGAUUCAGGGCCUCCAGGAGACCAAGUCACCUCUGCUCCAGCUCCCUCACUUCGAGGAAGAGCAUCUCCGCUACUGCAUCUCCAAGAAGUAUAAGGUGAGGAGCAUCCAAGACCUGGUGAGCCUGAAGGACUCGGAUCGCAGGAGCAUGCUUCGCUUUCUGGGCGAGGAGAAAUACGACGAGGUCAUGGGUGUGCUGGGCAGCUUCCCGCAUAUCACCAUGGAUACCAAGCUGCAAGUGCUUGAUGACGAAGACAGCAAUAAUAUCACAGCUGGGUCCAUAGUAACAGUCACUGUAACACUGACCAGGAAAAGAAUGGCGGAGGUGUUUGAGAAGGAGCAAGAUCCACAGUGUACCGGGGAGGAGCAGCCUGCCGAGGAAGUGCAGGGUGAUGCCAGCAAGGCCAAGACUAAGGUUUGGCAGAACAAGAAUAAAGGGCCCAAGAAGGCAGCCAAGUCCAAAAAGAAGAAGCUGAUAAAGAAGAAGCCCAUCGUCCAGCAGGCUAAGGCCGAGAAGCAGAAGCAGGCCAAUGGGAAUGUCGCCGGAAAUGAGGUCACUCCCACGCUGAAAGAGGACGAGGAUAACGCCUCUGAUAGAGGCAGUGACUCGGACGAAGCCGAAGCCAACAAGGACACUCCCAGCGAGCGGGACGAGGAGAGCGACAAGCAGAGUGACACAGAGGUGGAUGAGAUCGCAGCCGAUGAUGAAGAGGAAUGGAAAGCUUUGCAGCAAAGCAUUCAGCGCAGAGACCGGGCUCUCCUGGAAACCAAGUCCAAGAUCACGCAUCCUGUGUACAACCUGUACUUCCCUGAGGAGAAGCAGGAGUGGUGGUGGCUGUACAUCGCGGACAGGAAGGACCAGACGCUGGUAUCCAUGCCUUAUCAUGUCUGCACACUCAAAGACAGCGAGGAGGUGGAACUGAAAUUCCCAGCCCCAUCCAAAACUGGAAACUAUCAGUAUUCUGUAAUUCUGCGAUCAGACUCCUACCUGGGCUUGGAUCAGAUAAAGCCGUUGAAGCUGGAGGUCCUAGAGGCAAAACAGGUACUGGACAACCACCCGCAGUGGGACAUCCCGGAGACGGAGGAGGAAGAGGAGGACCAGGAGGACAGCGAUGGCAUAGAGGAGAGUGAGGACGAGGAGGAGGACAACGACUAGCUUCCAGCAGCAUGGAUUCACACUUCUCCACCACCACCCCCUGGCAGCCACUGAGGAGAAACCGACUGGUUUUCAGAGGUCCAAACUGACCUCUCCCACCUAUUCUCUGUUUUUUUUUUUUUUUACAAAAUAAAAAAGUGAAACACUUUAAAAUCCAGGCCACAGUUGGUCUGAAAGUCUUGCUUAUUAGAUUUGUCAGGAGCUUUAGGGUGCGACACUAUUGCAGAAUCCCCCCCCCCCCAUA